AUGUCAUCAUUGAUUGCUCUCUUCACCACUCAACCAUCGAUCUAUUAUUUACCAAUUGUAUAUGUAAUUGGUGUAUUCGGUAACAUCAUCAACAUAGCUGUUUUCUGUCAAUCCAAACUCUGUUCGAAUAGUUGUUCACUUUAUUUUAUUUGUCUAUCAUUUUCUCAUCUUCUGAUGCUUAAUUGUCCAUGUUUGUUUCGAAUAAUCGCUGUAAUGAAUAACUACAAUGUAUUUGGUCGCGUGGACAUUCUCUGUAAAAUCAGUAAUUAUCUCGAUGUUCUCAGUCUUAUUCUUUCCCGAAAUUUUCUUUGUUUAAUUUGCAUUAACCGUUGGAUGAUCACAUCACCGAAUCCUUGGAUUCGCAAACAAAGUUCACGUCGAACUGCCCGAUGGGUUGUGCUAAUCACCAUUACGUUUUGGGUGUUCGUGAACGUUCACACAGCUACUGGUUAUUCAUCAAUAAGUACAGUGUGUGCCAGUGCACGUGAUUACCUCGUGUUAUCGUCGAUCUAUCAUAUUGUUACAGCAAUUGGCGCGUUGUUCAUCAUGAUUUGGUUCAGUAUUUUAACUCUGAUGAACUUACGUCAUGUCGGUCGUCGAGUGAAUCCACUAACAAUUCUAACUAGUCGAACUCAUUUGGAAAGACAAUCGCAGAAGAAACGAGAAAUUCAAUUCAUUCGUUUGUCGUUUCUGCAAGUUUUACUUUAUAUAAUUCUAAAUUCGUUGAGAACAGCAAUGCCAGUUGUUCUUUAUUAUCGCACUGUUUUACAUAGUCCGACAAAUAGUGAACGAGAAAUUAUUUAUUUGUGCUAUUAUUGGGGAACGUAUUUACUCUAUACGUAUGCAGCGAUCACAUCAAUGAUAUAUAUAGUAGCAUCGAAUACUUUUCGCGAACUAUGCGGUGUUAUAUUCAAAAAAGUAUACUGUGCAACUCGACGUUGUCUGCUUCAUGUAUAG